CAAGGGAGCUCUGGGAAUAUAUUUUCGGUUUCCAGCGGUCGGUUAUUAAACCAAAAUAAAUUUGCCAGUGCCGCCUCUAAUGAUAACACGUAUAAAUAUCCUAGGCCCAGUAUUUCCUCCAGAGUAAAUAUAUCCUCUUCUCAAGAAAAUAGAGCAGACCAGCAAGAACCAAGAACGCAAAUAAUUUUUUCCAAGAACCAAGAAAGAAAAAUGCCUGAUCAACUUUCUAUACAGAUGCUCGCAAGAAUGUUUUCAAGCUUUCCGGUGAAAUUACUCGUGAAAUGCAGGUGCGUUUGUAAAGCUUGGGACUUUUUAAUCACCGAUCCUUCUUUCAUAGAUGAGCACCUCAAGAAAACGGCUGCAAGAAAAAGUGAACUACUUAUCUUCAGGUAUUAUAUCAACAUAGCACCGUUCGAAGGAAAUGAACAUUAUUUGCUAUACAAAGACGAGAGUUUCCCUGAAAACCCAGUAGAAGAACUCGAUAGCCCAUUAAGGGGCUUAUCUACUUUUGUUAAUAUAGUGGGUUCUUGUAAUGGAGUUAUCUGUCUAUUUGAUUAUUUGAAUCGCAUGUACACUGAGAGAGCUGCUUUAUGGAACCCUAGUGUCAGAAAGAUUGUUUCUAUUCCUUGUCCUAAUGUUACGUUUGAUUCUCGUGGACCCUUUUUUUACUCACUUGGGUUUGGUUUUGAUUCCACAACUGAUGACUAUAAGUUGGUGAGAGUAGCGUAUACAGGGGACGAUCAUUUUAAUUUCGUUGAUAUUCCUCCUUUGGUUGAGAUUUUCAGUUUGAGAGGGAUGUAUUGGAAAAUGGUUUAUAAUAAUCUGAAUUAUGUAAUUUGUGGGUGUUCAACUUCUGCUUUUCUCAAUGGAGCUUGUCAUUGGGUCGGCUCUGCGCCAAGGAGUGCGGUUGGUGUAGGCGAUGUGAUCGUGUCGUUUUCUUUGGGAGAUGAAUUGUUCAGGGUAAUGAAGAUACCAAAUUGUUUGGUUAACGAAUAUCUCUUCCUGGAUGUUGCAGCGUUUGAUGGAUCACUUUUGCUGGUUCCUUUUAUGAAAAAGAAUGGGGAAGAAGAUUGGUUUUCAGUUUGGAUAAUGAGAGAAUAUGGUGUUGCAAGAUCUUGGACCAAACUUUUCAGUAUUUCAAAGGAGGAAGGGGUAGAAAGGUUAGUUGCAUUUAGGCAAAAUGGCGAGGUUCUGUUGGCAAACGAAGAUGGAAGGCUAGUUUCCUAUGAUCCAAACACAGAAAAAAUCACUGCUACAGGAAUUGUGGGCAGUGCACAGUCCUUUUAUUUGGAUACUUUAGUGGAUAGUCUUGUUUUAAUAGGUGAAUCAAAUGAAUUUACAGAAAUGGAGUAUGCAUCUAGUUGUGGUUCAGUUUCUAGUUCACUGAUGGCAAUUGAUAGAGCAAGUGGAGAAUCAACUGAAGAAGAGUGGGGAGAGUGAAAUUUCUACAGAAUGUAGCAAAUGGUGUCUGAUGCAAAAUCAAUGGCAUGCUUCUGCUAGUAUGGACCAGCAGGAGCAGCAGCAGC